AUGCCGCCCCCGUCCGCGUCGUCCCGUCUUGUGUUUGUAUCUGCAGACCUGAAAUUGAUCACAGCUGAAUCUGGACAGGACGUCACUCUGACAUGUCGAGCUCCAGACAACAACAUCAAUACUUUAGAAUGGAGCAAACCUGACCUGGGAGAUAAGAAUGUCUAUUUGUACCAGAAUGGCCAAUUCAAACCAGAUCACCAGCAUCCAUCUGUUAGGAACCGGGCGGAUCUGCAGAACAGACAGAUGAUGGAUGGAGACGCGUCUUUGAUUCUGAAGGAUGUGACAAUUGGUGACACUGGAACAUACGAGUGUCGUGUCAACAUGGAAGGAAAAAACCGCAAGGACGCUAAACCCGUCAGUGUCUUCUACCUCCAUGUUGAUCCUCCAGGAGCACACAAAGACAAUAAACCUGUUAAAAUUGACCCUCCACGUGUUGUUCCUCCAGCUCAGAAAGGAGGAUCUGGUGGACUGAAAGCUGGUCUGGUAGUUCCUGCUGUGCUUCUUGUUGCUGCUACUGUUGUUGGUUUUUGAAAAGAAACACCAACAACAGCAGCAACAAGAAGAAAACAGUCUCAAGGUUCAAAUGAGCGUUCUGCUGAACAACAGAGCGGACAACCUCUUCAGACUUAAGAUCAUCAACCAAUAAACAUCAUAGACGUCAAACACUCAGAGUUUGGAUUUCUUUCUCAUUUCUCUGAUGAUCAUCAUGUUCAGACUCAGACCAACAGUGUGUGUCUGUGCUGUCUGUCAGUGAACCUGAACUACAGUUUAUUCAUCUUCAUGUUGUUCAUGAGAUUUACUGACACAAAGUCAAACUGUGUUACAAACAUAAAUGAAUUUAUAUGAUAUUAUCUCAGAAUAUAUGCACGUUUUGUUUUUUAGCUUCAUGUUCAGCGGCUGGUUGUAAGAAAAACUAAAGAUCAGCUGUUACAGUAUAAUUGUUGUUCUGUGAAUUAUAGACUAUUAAUAAUCUGGCUCAUUGUUCAGCUACAACCACUUUGGUUGACAUUACUUAUUAUUCUCUUUUUGUAUAAAAUGUUGAAUUUUACAGCUUACGGAGCAAAAUUGUGUAAAAGUAAAAAUUUGUGUAGUUACAGACUCAUAUUUCUUCUCUGAUCCUGAACCUUUCUAACCCCUUUCAUUUAACAUUUCCUCCAGUGAAUCUUUGUAAAUCCAAAUUUCUUCAUCUAUGUUAAUAAAGAUUUACAUUUAUACCUGC